CGAGUCUCUGGUUGUUGAUGUUAGACAGUCGCACAAGGCGAAGCGGCUGCUGCCCGUGUUGAUUCAGCCUCCUCCUCUUCCUCCUCCUCCUCCUCCUCUUCCUCCUCCUGGUCUUCAGCACUGCUCCCCGCUGGACAGCUCCUGCUUGGACAUCUCUAACGCUGCAUGGUCCCUAUAAGUCUUUUAAUGGAAGUAAAAUCUACUUAUCUUCCAAGAAAUAUUGGGAGUUUACAACUUUAUCCACAGGAGGAAUCUACGGAUACCUCGUUUCGAGAUUUGUGGCAGGCAGCGUAUCCUCGGCGGCACAGAUCACAGAUUCAUUGUUAACGGCGACUGACGAGCCGUGUGUGCACAGGCUUCAUCUCCAGACAUUUGGUCCAAAGGUUAGGUCUAAAAACCGCGAAGCUGCUGUCUGCGUGGUCUGGUGCUGAAGCAUACCGUCCGACUGCCAGGACCUCUGCCAAAUCCAGAGACAUGGCGACGAACGGCACCAAAACGGAUGGACAAGUCACAGAACUGAACGAGGUGGCCACUAAUAAUGACAAGCCCAAGUCACUGGACGUGAAAGCCGAGAAGAAGAAAAAGGAUUUGCCUGACAGAGAAACAUGGGGAGGGAGAUUUGAUUUUCUCCUGUCGUGUGUGGGUUAUGCAAUUGGACUGGGAAACGUAUGGAGAUUUCCCUAUCUCUGUGGAAAAAACGGUGGAGGAGCCUUCUUGAUUCCCUAUUUUUUGACCCUCAUAUUUGCUGGGGUCCCCUUGUUUCUACUGGAAUGCUCCCUUGGUCAAUACACCUCAAUUGGAGGGCUUGGUGUGUGGAAACUGGCUCCUAUGUUUAAAGGUGUGGGCCUUGCAGCAGCUGUCCUGUCCUUCUGGCUUAACAUUUACUACAUUGUAAUCAUUUCUUGGGCCAUUUACUACCUGUACAACUCCUUCACCACUGAUCUUCCAUGGAGCACAUGUAACAAUCCAUGGAACACAGAGAAAUGUUAUACAAACCACUCCAUUGCUGAUACAACCAACCUCACCAGUUCAGUGUUGGAGUUUUGGGAGCGCAACAUGCAUGAAAUGACCGAUGGCUUGGAAAAACCAGGCCAGAUUCGAGUGCCACUGGCAAUAACGCUGGCCAUCGCCUGGGUCCUUGUGUACUUCUGUAUCUGGAAAGGGGUUGGCUGGACAGGGAAGGUCGUUUACUUCUCAGCUACGUAUCCCUACUUCAUGCUGUUUAUUCUCUUCAUCCGUGGCGUGACUCUACCUGGAGCUAGAGAGGGAAUUCUGUUCUAUAUCACCCCGGACUUUGCAAAACUCAAAGAAUCGGAGGUAUGGCUGGAUGCAGCUACCCAGAUCUUUUUUUCCUAUGGAUUGGGAUUGGGCUCACUUAUAGCUCUGGGCAGCUAUAACCCUUUCAAUAACAAUGUUUACAGAGACUCCAUCAUUGUGUGCUGCAUCAACUCAUGUACCAGCAUGUUUGCUGGCUUUGUAAUCUUCUCUAUUGUUGGCUUCAUGUCACAUGUGACAAAGAGACCCAUUGCCGAUGUAGCAGCUUCAGGUCCUGGCUUAGCUUUUCUGGCCUACCCGCAGGCUGUAACCGAGUUGCCUGUGUCUCCUCUCUGGGCCAUUCUGUUCUUCUCCAUGCUGCUCAUGCUGGGGAUAGACAGCCAGUUCUGCACUGUUGAAGGCUUCAUCACUGCUCUGGUGGAUGAGUUUCCCAGAGCUCUUCGGGGUAGACGAGAGAUCUUCAUCGCGUGUGUCUGUCUGGUGUCCUAUUUGAUCGGACUUUCAAAUAUCACACAGGGCGGAAUCUAUGUGUUCAAACUGUUUGACUACUACUCUGCCAGUGGAAUGUGUCUGCUGUUCUUGGUCUUCUUUGAAUGCAUCUCCAUAUCCUGGUGCUACGGUGUGAACAAGUUCUACGACAACAUCCAGGAGAUGAUUGGCUACAGGCCUUGUAUAUGGUGGAAGAUGUGCUGGCUCGUGUUCACCCCUCUCAUCGUCGGCGGGGUGUUCUUGUUCAGCGCCAUACAAAUGGUUCCUCUCAAAAUGGGAGACUAUGUGUUCCCAGGCUGGGGUCAGGGAGUGGGCUGGCUCAUGGCGCUGUCCUCCAUGGUUCUCAUACCAGGAUACAUGAUCUAUAUGUAUCUCGGACUUAAGGGCACUUACAAAGAGCGACUUCGGAUAAUGCUUCAGCCUCCGGCAGUUGUCAGGCGACCUCUGGAGAAUGGACCUGAGCAGCAGGUGGAAACCAACACCGCUAACUUACCCAGCCCUACCAAUCCAGCCAGUCCAGCUAGUCCUGCCAACCCAGCUCCCGUAAACCCUGCCAGCCCCAAUUCCACUAAUCCGCUCCAACCCAAGAUCCCAACACCAACUAGUAACCCAGCCACCAUCACCACUACCACAAUUACCCCCACCACCACAGCCAGUCCGGCUAACCCCCCCACCACAACUGUUAGCCCGACCAGCCCACCACCCAACCCAGCUAGCCCAACGGAGCACGUUAACCCCCCGAACCCAACAAGCCCCACCUCUAACCUGACCAAUGCCGAGGCCAACGUGUAGUCAGCAAAGAAACCCUCAUGGAGCAUGUAGACAAAAGAGAACAUUACAAAGGACUUCCAAGAUUUUAAUUGAUUCACCUACCUCCAGGGGCAAUAUGUGAUCAAAACAGAUUUUCAAACCAUGUUUAAUUUUUCUGCAUUUGUAAAACCAAGCCAAUGAUGUCUUAUUGUUGGUUUGCAAUCUGAAAACAAUAUCAAAGACUGUUAGUGUUCAUAAAUACAACCAUAAAUCUGAAUAAAAAAAAAAAAAUGUUAACAUACUGUGUAAUACUGUGAGAAAAGAAAAAAACAUAUAGAUUAGAGAUUUGUUGAAUAUCUUCAUGAAUCAAGUAAAUACCGUGUGAAUAUAGUAGAUAAAGUAGUGAACAAAAUUGACAUCAUUGAAGAGUGCAAGGGAUGGCGUCAAUUUUAUUGUGGAUGUUUACUAAACCUCACACAGUUGUCUCUUUUCCAAACGUUACUCUGUGAGGUAAACUACAGGCCACAAGGCGAGCGGGGAGCUCUGAGUAAGCACAAUGCCAAUAAGAAGUUCAUGUUUAGGAGCUCUGUUGCAAAAGAUUUUGUGUGUGAGAGAGACUGUUAUUUUUCCUUCCUUUUUUUCAGUAAAAAAAAAGGGAAAACUUUUAUGUGAUCGAAACAUUUUCAGAAUUAUUUUUAGGAUGUUUUAUACUAUAUGUGUUGGGAUGGAGGACCAAAAUCAAUAGGCAGACAAAAGCAAAAACUAUGCCAUUUAGUGUUUGGUUGGCGAAGCACAGGGUACAAUGAAGUACAAAAGAAAAAGAAAAAAAAAAGCACAGGGUUAGAAAAAUGAUUUACAAACAAUCGACUAUCCCUUAAUGCUGACAGUCAAUCCUGUUUACGUUUUGCAUGCUUUCCUCAGGAACAUCAGUGAAAAUUUCUGAAAUGUCUCCUUACAAAAAAAAAAAGAAAAGAAGAAGAAGAACAAAGAAGGCCUUAAGCCAACCAACCAAUUUUAACUAAGCCAUAGUCUGUUUACAUGACUGGGCAGAACUACAAAAUACAACUUUGUAUGCUAGAACAAAAACCUGGACCAACUCUGUGUUUAAGUACAGUCAUUAUUUUUUCUUUAUGUGUAAUGAUCAAUUAUAGUUUGAUCAAUAUGUAUUCAGCAAUACAUAUGUAGAUGUAUAAGUGCAGGCCAGUAAGCAAGUGGUCUGUUUCUCUUUUUGUUUAUGUUGUCUUUGCUUUACUAGUGAAAAGCACAAAGCUUUAAUUUCCCCAGACUUUUGCCAUGGCGUUUUAGGACAAUGUUAGUUUGCUUCUAUGGCAGCUACUGUGAAAGGCAUCUGGUUGAACAGAACAUGUUUACUUUGAAAAGCAAAACAACUGAGCGAAAAUGUGAAAUGGCUACAGUUCAUGUCCUGUGAAUUUUGUAUAAAGUUACUCUACCACAGUUUUCUCUGGAACUUUGUUGUAAAACUGUACUGUGUAAAACAUGUAACUGUAAAUGUCUGUAAUACAUUGGAAGUUAUUGUCUAAAUGUUGAAAAAAUGGAGUUGCUGUUUUCUGCAAUAAUAUUUUGAUCACAGAAGCUAAAGCACAUAUCUUACAGAAAUAUACGAAAUGAUGAUGACAAUGAAGAUGCUGACGAUUAUAUUAAAAAAUAGAAACUAUGUCUAGUAAAACAA